AUGGCAGGAUUAGAUUUCUCGGGAAUUCAACAGUUUGAUCCUCAUUCAGAGCCAAGUUCGCUGGCUUCGCAGUGGAAAGAAUGGCUGCAACGAUUCAAACGAUGUAUAGUCGCUUUUGACAUCAAAGACAAAGCAAGGAAACGAGCUCUAUUGUUAUACCUGGCCGGUCCAAAGGUGGAAACAAUAUUUGCCACGCUCUCUGAUACGGGAGAAGAGAACGACUUCGAUAAAGCCAUAGAGAAAUUGACAGAGUAUUUCGCGCCGAAGAAAAAACAUUCUAUACGAGCGACAUAUUUUUCGCCAAGUCAGCCAGCGAUCUGACGAAACAAUUGACCAAUUCUGUACACGACUGAGACAUCGUGCCUCGACAUGCGAAUUCGAUAAUGUAGAGGACGAGAUUAAAACACAAAUCGUGGAAAACUGCAGGUCUAGUCGACUCAGAAGGAAAGCAUUUCGGGAUGACCCCAAGCUGGAUGAUUUGAUUAAAUACGCGAGAGCACUGGAAAUUUCUGAUCACCAUGCUGAAGAAAUGGAAAAGCAACACCGUCAGGAGGUUGUGUAUCAAAACACCAGACGAGAUUUUCCGCCAAGGGAUAUAAAAG